CAAUCAGAGAGCUCCCGGUCAAGCGACAGGGACUUGAAUAGCCCAACUUUUAAUGUAUUCUGCCUGAACCUAGCCAGCAUAGCCUAUCUUGGUGGUCUUAUUUGUUCAUAUUAGCCACUCCUUUUCUAUGUGUCGAUGCUAUUUGAAUAGAUUCCUACCGACUGACAAUUUAGUCAACUCUGCAUUGAACAGGUUUUGUAGUCUAUCAAGAGCAGGCUAUUCCUCGGUGAGUCCAACUUUUAUAGGAGCCGCUCCUGGACAAGUGGGGGAAAACUGUAUGGACCAGGUUUAACAUGAAGAGCCUUAAAGCAAAGUUUAGGAAGAGCGACGCCCAUGAAUGGAGCAAAAACGAUGAGCGCCUCCUGGCAGCUGUGGAACAUGGGGAGGUGGAGAAGGUGGCCUCUCUCCUCACCAAGAAAGGAGCCAGCGCGGUCAAACUGGACAAUGAGGGAAAGUCAGCUCUCCAUGUGGCUGCCACCCGUGGUCAAACUGAUUGUCUGGCAGUCAUCCUGGCCCAUGGAGUGGACACAUCAAUCAUAGACACCUCAGGUUUUAGUGCUUUACACCUCGCUGCCAAAAACAACCAUCAGGAGUGUGCCAAAAAGCUUAUACAGAGUAAAUGUGUGUUGGAUGCUCUGGACAGCUCAGGGAAGACAGCCCUUCAUCACGCAGCUGCCAGUGGAAGCAUUGGGAUUGUCCAAACCUUAUGUGAGCACAAGUGUCCAGUAAACAUCAAAGACACGGAUGGCCUCAGCCCCCUGCUGCUGUCCGCCAGACACGCCCAGACGGAGGUGUGCGGCAGCCUCCUGGACUGGGGAGCCGACGUCAACGCGUGUGAUAAGAACGGCAGGACAGCGGUGAUGCUGGCCAGUGAGAGCAGCAGUGUGUCUGUAGUGGAGGUUCUGGUCCAGAGAGGAGCUGACCUCCAGGCUGUGGACUCUUUGGGUCACGACGUCCUGCACUACGCCAAAAUGUCUGGCAGCAGUGAAGUCAAGGCCGUCCUCACUGCGGCGCUGCACAAGGCCCACUGCGACUCAGACACCCCGAAGUCUCCAAAGUCCCCCAAAACUCCUCAGCAUGAUCAAGUGGCUAGAUUAGGUGGCGAUCCAAGCACAACUCCCAAAAAACGAAAAGCACCUCCACCUCCCAUAAGUCCUGUGCAGAUGUCUAGCCCCAACUCUCCCGCGUACAUGACCCCAAAUGAAACUCCGGUCUCCAGUAAAAGUUUUGGAUCUAAAGUAUUCAAUUAUAAGGAGGAGGAGUUGCAGAGCGUGUCUCUGAGGGAGGAGGUGGAGAAGCUACAGGGGGAGAAGUGCAUACUGCUGGAGACCAUUGAGGAUCUGAAGCAGAUUGUGGACCAGACUGUGACUAUGAGCCAGACGGAGACGGAGCCGGGGCCCAAGGCAGAGGACUGUGGGAAGGUAGACUCAGCUCUAGUAGUGGCCCUACAAGCAAAGAUUACUGCUCUGUCUCUGGAGAACCAGCAGUUAGCCCAGAUACUCAAGAAGCGUCCGUCUCCCCAGGGAGGUGAGGGGGGCCAUGAAGACUCGUCCCGUCCAGAUAGUAUGAACUCUAACGCCUCCUACCACACCACCCACGAGUCCCCCAGCGAGACCCAGCUCCAGCCUCAGGGGACCGAGGAGGACAUGUCUGAAGGGUCCGCCCUGGAGCUCAGCAUCACCUCCCUGAGACAGGAGGAGGAAGAGAGUGAGGAGGGGGGGAAGGAAGGAGGCGAGGAGGAGAUCAGGCUGCUGAGGGAGACCCUAGGGAGCAUCCAGUCUAAACUACAGGAGACGCAGAAGGAGAACCGCACACUCCAUGCCAGGUUCAUACCUGAGCAGGAUGAGGAGAAGGGAAGGGAGGGAAAGGUGCUGCUUGAGAGUCUAGCAGAGCUCCAGGCCAAGCUGACGGAGACACAGGAGAAACACCAGCAGGCCAGAGAGGAUGUGCUGGCCCUCAGGGCACAGAUUGAAAGAGGAGGUGCUGGAGGAAGGGAAUUGGCAGAGCAGGAGCUCCAGCGACUGAGAAGCUCUCUGGAGCAGGAAGUGAAAGAGCUGAGGUCCCAGCUGGCCCAGUCAGGGCAGCAGAGGGAGAGGGAUGUAGGCCGGAUCAGGGAGCUGGAGGCCAGGCUGAAGGCAGCAGACCACAGCUCUGAUCACGAUAAGAGUUUGCUGGUGGACCGGUACAAGGAGGCACAGGAGGAAAUCAGGAUGCUGCAGGAGGCGCUGAGGGGGACGGUCCCUGUGGAGGCUGCAGCUAAUGACUUUGAGGAGAUGAAGGGUGAGCUGGGUAGUGUUAUUGAUGGGCUGCAGCGCCGCCUGCUGGAGCUCUCCAAGUCCUACAGCGAGGCCAAGAGUGAACUGAGCUCCACCAGGAACCAGCUGGAGGAGACCCGGGCUGUCAAGUCUAAGCCUGGCAGCCCUGUAUUCUCCCCAGUCAAAGAGCAGGACACGCUGAGGAGCAGAGUGGAGGAGCUGCAGGCAUCGUUAGCCGACACACAGAGCAAGUACUCAGCCUCUCUGGAGGAGAUCGCCCUCCUGAAGCAGGAGGCUGAUGCUCUGGCCCAGGGGUCAGUGGCGUUAGCUGACCACACCCAGGUGGUGUCCUCUCUGGGCAGCGCCAUCAAGGACCUGGAGGACCAGGCAGAUGCUCUGAGACAACAGCUGUCCCAGAGGGCCCUGCAGGUGGACGCCCUACAGAACAGACUGACCGUGGAGAAGGACCACACACCGGACGACUCUAUAUCACGGCUGGAGCACGAGCAGAUGAGAGGGGGUCUGGAGACUGAGGUGGGCCACCUGACGCAGCUUCUCCAGGGGGCCCUGAGGAAGCAGGAUGAGGUGGCUCUGGAUGCGGCUGCAGCGUGGCAGGAGCUGAAGGAGGGGAGGAGCAAGAGGGAGGCCCUGCAGGAGCUGACCGUCAGCAGGGAGAAGGAGAACCACGCUCUGAGCACCAAGCUCAGAGGUGCCCAGGAUGCCAUAGCUCAGCUGAAGAAGCUGGUGGAGGGACACGUCAGCUCAGAGAGAGAGAAGAAUAAGAAGAUCGAUGACCUGUCGAGAGAGGUGGGGAAGUUAAAGGAUGCCUUAAACAGCCUAUCCCAGUUGUCCUACAGCGCAGGCUCUGCCAAGAGACAGCAGACCCUGCAACAGCAGCAGCUGGACAACCUACAGCAGCAAGUCAAGCAGCUGCAGUACCAGCUAGGGGAGUCAAAGAGGCAGCACCAUGAGAUAGUGUCCGUCUACAGGAUGCAUCUCCUAUACGCCGUUCAGGGUCAGAUGGAUGAGGACGUUCAGAAAGCCUUGAAGCAGAUUCUGAGGAUGUGCAAAAUGCCAACAGAAGCCAAAUGAAGUGUCUGAGAUGGAGCAGCCUAUCUAUCUACUGCCAGUGCUGGAGAGGAGACAAGGAAACAACAUCCUUACACGCUGGUCUCCUAACCUACAUGGCCUGUCACACGUGUGCCGCAUCCGUCCAUCAAAGACACACGUCCAGCAAAAUCAAAGAUAAUGAUUCUUUAUUUGUCUACAAAUUAUUUCAGAGGGGAGCUACAAUAUGAAGACUCCUUGUCAAUAGAUUUGAAUGGCAUCCUAUCUUUGAACUAGCAGUGUUAGUUUUGUAUUGUUGUCAAUUAGUUUUUAAUUGUAGCACUGGUUUUCAUGACAAUGAUAUAAUCCAAUUUUUGGGACCUCUGCAUGCAAUUUUUCCUAAAUCAACCACAUGCAAAAUGCUUUUUCGACACAUUUAUCAAUAUUUUCCUAAUAGCAUAAAAUGUUUAUGAAAACUAAUAGUUUCAAAUGUAUGGAAGAUUUUUCUAGAUACAUUUAUGAAAUGAAAACAAAGAAGUUUGGUAGUUGUAUUUUUUAACAACCCUAUUUGGGGGGUUUGUAUAAAUUCAAUAUUGUGUCUGAUAACCUAGGCCCUUUUUAGUGUCUGCAAUCUGUGAAUGCCAAUUUUACCCAACUGGGGGUUUUUGUCCUCAUUUACACCAUAUUCCCUUGGAGGCUUUUUAAAUCAAUAUGACUUUAUGAACAGAAUCGACCUUUUGAGUAAUGUAACCCCCCAUUGCGUCAACAAAGAUAUUUAUUGAGCAAUUAUCCAGUACUUGAAGGGUGAGGUGGUUUCAGAUCUCUGGGGAGUGUCUCUCUGAGGACAGAAAAUACCCAUGUGACUAAUGCACUUUCAUCAUGCUGUACUCCCAUUCAAACUCUAUAUUGCCUCAGCAGAUUACCUGUCCCAUCCAGGACAUUUUAGUUUUUGUGUCCCAUGUGCCUGCUCUUUCUGUGUUGAAGCCUGACAGACUUGUCUUGAUUCUUGAUCUUCUUCCCUCAUUUUGUAAUAUCAAAUAGUGUUAUAUUAUUAUAGGGGUGGGGGUGGGGUGAAACAACCAACUAUUUCAGUGUUGCUAUACUGUAUCUUGGUAUGGCAGCAUGUGAGUCUGUUGGACUGUUGCUCAGGCUCAUUCAAACCACUUCAUCCACAUACUGUACAUGAGCAGUAGAGUAGGUAUAGUAAGCACCAUAAAACACGAAGUUCAUUACUCAUAAAUAUGGCUAUAAUCUCUGGUGUACAGAUGCACGUAACAUAAUGGUACUAGCAUCUGUCGACAGACUGGGAUGCGUUACGAACGAGGAACUUUGUUCUGGUAAGCAGAUUCUUCAUCAUUUGGACAAAUCACGAUUUCGUAGGCGCUCUCGUUUUUAGGAAGGGGACAUCCGGCCCAUAGAUUUGCCCAACACUGGCUGGUUUAUCCGUUUAAAGGGGUGGAGAUUUAGCUCGUCUUGUUCAAGAGGCCAUUGUUCCGGUCUAGAAGCACGAUUUCGACUGCACCUACAGUCUUUCUUCGGCACUGCAGCUUAACUGAUGCCCGGCCGAGAAAGACAAUUCACAUAGACGAUACCAUAGAGAAAUUACAUUUAAAAAGUCCAAAAAAGACACUUAAAUCGUCACUUUUGUACACAGACAUCCAUUGAAUUAUUUAAAUAAUUGUCGCUGGGGCAGAUUAGAUUUGUUUUUCUAUACAUUUUCAUACACAGCCGAACAUAUAAAAAUGUUCUAUUCAUCCAAUGUCUGUCAUGUUUUUGGAUCACGUGAUGAUGUCGUCGCUAAUCGCUCUGUGUGCACUGAGUGCUAGUGAGUUGGAUUGAGUAAAUCGGAUGCAACCCGAAUAUAGACGGUCCAUGAAUUGGCGUGUGCGAACGUGAGAAGAUUACGUUGAAACAACGGUCGGACAUUUUAGACGCUUAAUCUAGUUCUAGUUUAGUGGUCUCGUUAGUACAUUUUUUAAAACACGUCUCCUUCCCAGAAAUGAAUCAAUCAUCUGGCGCAAUUACGCAAUACAUUUGUUCUGGAUGUCCGGGAUUAGUAGGGUUCCAAUUUGGUGCUGUAUCAUUGUGGCCUGGUAAUAGUAAGAACUGCACCAUUUCAUCCCUGCACUGCCUCUGUUGACUUCUACAAAUCAUGUAUUUUACAAUAGCCCAUGGAAUCUGAACUCUUUUGAAAACAAGCUCCAUUAUAGUUUUACCACUAAAAUGGUACAAGGAACAAUGCUGAAGAUGCAGCCAAUGAGAAAUAGUUGAGUAUAUUAGUGGGUUGAACACUCUUACAUUGACUGUGCCAUGUAUUACACAGUGUACUCCCAUAGUGAUCACAGUGAUGUGCAAUUACAACAGACACAUGAUAUGCAGGAUGACUCCAGUUAUGGAUCAUAUACAUAACCCGAACCUAUACAUACCACCACAGUGCUGUACUCUGUGGUUUCAGCAUUCUUUGGGCUCCUCACUGUGUUUACACAGGCAGCUCAAUUAUGGGCAAACGAUCUGAUCUGAUAUGUUGGUCUUUUGACCAAUCAGUAUUGGGCUGCCUGUGUAAACACAGCCUAAAUGAUUUAGGAUGAUCCACUACAGCGGAGUAAUAGAAUAUAAUAGAACAUGAUGAAGACAGGAGUGAAGUUAUAUCCCAGGUCACUCGAUGACUUUCUCUAAAUCUCUUGUUAAUAAGGUAAAAAAAGAAGACUUCUCUUUGUGACAGAGGUUAAUAAGCAUUGCCUGAAUGUUUUGCAUUUAGAAAGGGAUAAGGAUGAGAUGCCCCUUGUCUCCUGUUGUUUUUACAACUGUUUUUGUAAUGGAAACUGAUUUUGAUGUGUCUGUUUGCCAGUUGUUUUUCACCCAAUUCAAUAAAUUGUGAAGACCUC